AUGGUCAAGAAGGACCAGGAAGAUGACUACAUCAAUAAAGUAUUCUCGAGUCUGAUUAUCAGGAAGAUGGCAAGCUCUGGGGUGGAGCCACAGAUCCUUGUACAGUACUUAGUAUUACGAAAGGAUCUUUCUCAGGCUCCUUUUUCCUGGCCCACCGGCGCAUUAGUAGCGUGGGCUUGUCACGCCGCCAGAGCAGCCUUGCACCUUCAUCGAGACCAUCCACACACAGCAGCUUACCUCCGGGAGCUGGGGCGCAUGCGCAAGGUGGUUCUUGAGGCUGCUGAUGAGACCACCUUAAAGGAGCUGGCUGAGACCCUGCAGCAGAAGAGCAUUGACCACAUGCUGUGGCUCGAGCAGCCAGAGAAUAUUGCCACGUGCAUUACCCUGAGGCCGUACCCCAAGGAAGAAGUGAGCCAGUAUCUGAAGAAGUUCAAAUUGUUCAAGUGA